AUGCCGCAUCACUCAACUCCAAAACCGACUCCACAACAUCAAUUACCCAGACAGCGUCAUUCGAGAAAACGCACCUCCUUCAUUUGCUACAAUAACCUUGAGGUUCUCUCCGUCCUCUCUUCCCUGCGCUUCUCUCAUGACACUUCCGCCGCCGCUUUGCAACCACCAAUGCACCGCAGCACAGCAGAAGUCGCGUUACUCCAAACACCCACGCGCCUCCUCCCAGGUCUACCCUUCUAUCCAUCAACUGCAUCUGCGACGUCUCAAACGCCAUGUCGACGCACCCAUCCUUUGACAACCUGCCCUGCCACUUUCCUCCAGCGUCUACCGCUACAGUCUCAUCACACCCCAACAAAAAUCACUGCACCCGCAUCCCACAUACCAACCAUUCAACAUCUGAAACAGCCCUCAUAUCCCACGCAUUCGCCGACUCCUUCUCGCAACCAAAUGCCACAUCACUCAACUCCAAAACCGACUCCACAACAUCAAUUACCCAGACAGCGUCAUUAA